UUACGUUUGCUAAAUUUAUAUAUUUCAAAAUGAAAAAAAAAGGAAUUAAUAAAUUAUUAUUCAUAUGCAUAUGGUUUUGCUAGACCUUCAAUCAUAGCAAUCGAUUUUCCAGAUAUUUCAAGGGAAAUUUUGUGUGCCUAGCAGCCAGAAUUCAACGAAAUUUAAUACUUCGUUCGAGGCAAAUUAAUUAAUCUGUCAACAGGACUAUAGGGCUAUGAUUUUGUUAUAAUAAUAUCAAAUUAUGCUGCAAUAAAUAAGUAUGCUUCAAAAAAAUCAUGAUCAUAUUCUUCAAAAUACAGAAACGUGAUGAGAAGCCGGCUGGAAGUGACUUAAUAUCCAGGGCACACUUCCGAGAUGUUCUUCACACCGGCCUUGGUAUGACGGACGCUUAUAUGAUGGAGCGAGUUAUGGUUGCCUUAGACCGCGGUACAUCCCCCUAUGUGACUAUGACAACGUUUGCUAAAGCCAUGUCGUUGUACCUACGUGGUAAUUUGGAGGAACGGAUAAAUUAUGCUUUUACGUGCUAUGAUUUACUCGGUGAAGGGCACUUGAGAAGGGAAACCAUGUAUCAAUUAAUGAAAAAAAGUUUAGCGAAAGCCUCGAGAGAUGACGACGUUGAGGAGGCGGUUAAGGAAUUAGUCGAUAUUAUGCUUAAGCGAAUGGAUGCCGACCUGGAUGGUGUUAUCAACUUUCAAGACUUUCACACGUCAGUCGUGAACACCCCAUCGUUACUCGAGAGCUUGGGAUACUGCCUCCCAGAAAGACCAGCGGUCUUUUCAUUUCUAACAACAUGGUGUCCCACAUGGGGCAAAAUGUAAGCCAUAGAAGUCAAAUAAAUACAUAAUCUUUUGAUGGUAUGAUUUUGAUAUUUUUUUCAACAUUAACUAUCAAUGACAGCAGGUUAUUAUAUAUGUAUAUAUUAAUCCCAUCAAAAACAAAAAUUUGAAAUAAGAACCAAGUUCAAUAUUAUGAUAUAUGCUUUAGUUGUUGACUUCAACGACAAAAGAAGUGAGAUCUAAAUGGUUUCCAAGUUCAAUGAUCAGUCUUGAAAUUUAUUUAUAACAACAUAGAAUAUUUUAUAACAACUUAAAAUAUCAUCUAUCUUAUAACUUAGAAUAAUAUAUUGAAGCCUAAAGUCUGACUUGACUAGUUCUCAUAUACGGAUUAUUAUUACCUACUAAAACAGUCAUGGAAGAGCCCUAUGUUCAAUGGCUAGUUUCUACUAGCAAGCCAAAUUUUCGAAAGAAUAAAAUAAGAACCUUCAACUUUAGAACCUGCGAAGGCUUUAAUAUAAUUCGUAUAUAAAAACUAUCCAAGCCAGACCUAAGUUAUAAGAAGAAAUUUCAUUUUAUUUUUGUAUAGAAAAUUCAAGUGUGGUUAUUUUUAUCGGUUUUAU